AAACGGGCCCCGGGUUGGUGUUUGUAAACUUGCCUCGUCCCGGCGGGGGCAGCGGCGGCCGCGGGGUUGGCACGGUGUGCUGGGGCCUGGAGGAGGCGCUGCGUGGCGGUGGAAACAGUGGGAGGCUGCACCUGGCAGGUUUCUGAAACACAUUGUGAGCCUCAAUGAGAGAAUUCAGCUGGAAAACCAAAACUGGAAGACUCUUUUUCCUCAGACAAUAGACAAGGAGCCAAGCAGAGUCCAGGAAUUCUUCGAACAUCUAUCUUUCAUUUGGAGGACACUUAAAAAGGUCUAUUUGAAAGCAAAGGCAGUUCAAUAUGGCAGCAGGACUGAAAGGACACAAAGGAGUUGUUACAGUGAUUGGGUGACAGUUCUCCAAACAACAGUGUCUUAAGGAAAAGUGGAUCAAGAAACUCCUGAACUUUGGGGUUGCAUUAAGUGAGAAAUCAGCAUGGCUCAGGCAAGUCUUCUGGCUUGUGAAGGCCUAGCAGGUGUGAGUUUGAUUCCCACUGCAGCCAGCAAGAAGAUGAUGCUGAGCCAGAUUGCCAGCAAGCAGGCCGAGAAUGGCGAGCGGGCAGGUAGCCCUGAUGUGCUGAGGUGCUCGAGUCAGGGCCACCGAAAAAACAGCGAUAAGUCCCGGAGCCGCAAAGAUGAUGACAGCUUGGCUGAGGCCUCUCAUUCAAAAAAGACUGUUAAAAAGGUGGUGGUGGUGGAACAAAAUGGUUCUUUUCAAGUAAAGAGUCCCAAAAAUUUUAUUUGUGAACACUGCCUUGGAGCCUUUAGGAGCAGUUACCACCUCAAGAGGCACAUCCUCAUUCACACUGGUGAAAAGCCAUUUGAGUGUGACAUAUGUGAUAUGCGCUUCAUCCAGAAGUACCACCUGGAGCGCCACAAGCGUGUGCACAGUGGUGAAAAGCCCUACCAGUGUGAACGAUGUCAUCAGUGUUUUUCUCGGACAGAUCGAUUACUCAGACACAAACGGAUGUGCCAAGGGUGCCAGUCGAAGACUUCCGACGGGCAGUUUUCUCUAUAGGUGCAAGGGGCCCCAGGUGGUGGGAGUGAUCAGAAGAAUCUACUGAAGAGUACAGCCCCUCUGGUCGAUGGUCCCACCACCAUCCCAUCUGUACCUGCCCCCCUGCAGGAAAAGUGGACCCAAGAGACCAGAAGAGUGUACCAGGGGACAGCAGCCCCAAAGCCUCAGUUCUGUAAAUAACCUGAGACUAUGAGUAUCUUGGGGAAGUUCUCCAGCACUCCGGGGUUAGGGAACUAGUCCUUGGACCCUUGGCUGAGGUCCAUAAAAGGGGGACUCAAGGUACAGGACCAAGACUGAAGUGUGACUCCCACAACCUUGGACUCCAGCUGGCAGCUGAAAAGGAAAAGAUUGGGAAAGGGGUUAAUUGUUUGUUUGUUUUGUUCUUGUUUUUGUGUAUCCAAAAGCAAUUUCAGCAGGUAAACUGUGGAUACAGGUAAUCUGUAGGCAUAGAUUGCUGGUACAAAGCAGGGACAAUGGCUGGCCCAGCCCUCCCCAAAAAUUGAGUUUUUAGUUGCAGUUGAUCCUCAGUAUUCCACAGCCCUGCACCUGUCUCCUAUUUGAGGAAGAAUAGGAUCAGGGAUGGCAGCUGAGCUUACUUUGGCUUCCUUAUACACUGUGUGGGGACAAAAGGAAGAAUAAUGAGAGAAACAGACAAGAACUGGAUCUAAGAAGAAUAGAUAAGUACUUCUUAUUUCCUCGGGUUGAGCAAGAGUUGUGCCCAUGGGUAUUAUAAUGGCUCAUGACAAACGAGUACCUGAAGGGGUCAGCUCAAGUGCCUUUUGGAGGAAACUUGGGUGGGAGUGGUCCGUAAAGCCCUUUUUCUUCUUCUUUCUGGGCAGUUGAUCUUGGAGAUAGUUUGUGGCUACCUCAGUGCCAUUGACUCCUGAAGCUACACAGAGGUGUUGAACAGGAGUCAUGGAUGUCAAAAUGGGUUCUCUCUUUGUGCUCUCUUAGAACAACCCAACUAAUGUCCAGUGUUGGGCAACAUCUGUUGAACAAACAAAGGAAUUUGAUGUCCCCUCACAUG